GAUAAGGCAGACCGGUCAGCGAUCGUCGAGCUCGUACUGCUCGUAGCAAAUCGGAGUGGACGCGCCAGUGGGACUGUCUGAGUGUCUGAAGUCCCACAUCGCUUUUCGAUCAUCAGUUUCCUCGUCUCUUCAUAUCCUUCUCCGCGAGACGGUCGAUCGGUACGGUUCUCGCGAUCGUUGAUCGUCGAUCCGCCGAUACGUUGCUUCGUUCCUCUCGCGUGGCAUUCGUGUCGUCUCGUCUCGUCCUCUCGUCUCGCGAUUCGCCCUGUAUCGUCACCGUCGCUGUAUACCGCGCUGUGCCGUGCCGUGUCGUGUCGUCUCGUCUCGUCUCGUCGCAACGGGCGCGAUUUCGCCCGCUGGGCGCGAUCAGUUUCGUUAACCGGGUGCAAUCGUCGCACACUCCCUCCCCCGCGGGUGUCUCGUUCUUCUCGAAGCGGAGGCGGCUGAGGAAAUCGUCCGUGCGUUCAAGUCGUCGUGGCGCCGUGAACGUUAACGUCAGUUAACGUUAACGGUAAGGGGGCGGGGGGGGAGCCCCGAGCUCGGAGUCGCCGACUUCGUCAUGCCGUCGGUCACGACCGCGACAACGACGACGGCGACGACGACGACGACAACGGUGUUCUCCGGAUCGGGAGGAGCGGCGUUUUCUCGCUGCUGAUAUGGGGCCACUGACCGAGCGUUUGGUCCUGGUCCGCGGACCCUCCCUCGAAAAUAAGUAAAAAAAAAAAAAAAAAGGAAAAAACAGUCUCCGAGCGGGUCUAUAUAAGGAGAUCGUGAAGGCGACGAAGGCGACGACGUCUUUUUCCAAGUGUAAGACGACGACCGGGGUCAUCAGGAUGGCCUCGACCUCGACCAGCACGUCGCCCGACGUCCAGGUGCUGAUGGGCAAGGGCAAGCGCGGAGCGGCGGCCUACAUCAGCUUGACCACUGGCCUGGACACCGGCGGCUGUCCGCAGUACCUCAACGAGCUGCUGGACGUUCUGCUGAAUCCCAGCAAGCCCAUCGACGACUGGGAGACCAUUGACUGGUGCAAGUGGCUCAUGGCUGGCGGCCGGACACCCGACGAGUUCGCCAGUACAGUACGCAGUUACGAUAAUGCUACCACCUGCGGUCUGGUAUGGACACCAAACUUUGUAGCGUAUCGCUGUCGCACAUGCGGCAUAUCUCCCUGUAUGUCCUUGUGUACCGAGUGUUUCAAGAAGGGAAAUCACUAUCGUCACGACUUCAACAUGUUUCUCAGCCAAGCAGGUGGUGCAUGCGACUGUGGCGAUACGUCAGUGAUGAAGGAGACUGGAUUUUGUGAUAGGCACGGGCCAAACGCUGCUGUAAAUAAAUCAGUCGCACCAUCUAAUCUGAUGUGCGUAGCCGAGGCGAUGAUGCCCAGAAUUAUUCUUCGACUUAUACAACAUUUACGUGAAAAUUGUAAAAUGGGGGUGCCAGAUUACAGAGGUGCUAUACACGAGGCAGACGCUUACUUGACCAUGUUGCUCGACUUGAACAACAUGGGCGCAUUAAUGAGGCACGUUAUGACGUCAGCUCUCACGAAUCCGCAAAAGUACCGAGGCCUCAUGGAUCCCUCCGUAUUAACGGGACAAUCGGAGUACGACAGCUAUUGUCAAGAUAGCAACAAAAUAUAUCAGCAUGCUGUGAAAUCGCUACCAAAUCCCGAACCUCCGGACGAAUAUAAAGAAUGCGUGUCACUUCAAGAGCACUUAGAACACACCACAUUUUUGGAAGAACUGAUGUUCUGGACCGUUGCUUACGAGUUUCCGCAGAAAUUGGUCUGUCUGCUCUUGAACAUGUUGCCGGAUCCCGAUUACAAGGAGGCUUUAACUCGCGCCUUUGUGUUACACUACAGCAGGAUCUCAAUGAUGCUCGAACGUUCCACGGAUCCCGACACGUUGAGCAAUAGAGUUGUGCACGUUAGCGUACAGCUGUUUAGUAACGAGAAGCUGGCAUUAAGGAUGGUUGAUCAAUUGAAGUUAUUACACGUUAUGGUUAUUAGUUUAAAAUACAUGAUGAGCAAAAUACUCAUUCAAAAUACCUUGCACGAUCCAGAUAAGAACUUCCAUUAUGUCGUGGAUUGCGGACGUCAAGUGAUGAAGGAGCACUGUUACUGGCCAUUGGUUUCCGACUUGAACAACGUGCUCUCGCAUAAGCCGGUCGCCGUUAGAUUCAUGAGCGAUAAUACUCUCCUAGAAAUGUGGUUCGACUUCCUGUCUAUGUUUCAAGGCAUGAAUGUCAAUCAGAGAGAGUUAAGUCAGCACGUCGAGUUCGAGCCCAACACGUAUUACGCGGCGUUCAGCGCCGAGCUGGAAGCCAGCGCGUAUCCAAUGUGGGCCUUGGUGUCGCAUCUCCGUGGGCCUGAAAGUGCGUCAUUAAGCCGACAAGUGCUCAGCUUCUGCCUCACAGCCCUGCAGGAUUGGCUCGAUGCCGUGAAUUAUACGGAUCCGAAUGUGAGUGAUAGUUUGCAAGUAUCGUUUCAUCUACCGCUUCAUCGGUAUCUCGCGGUGUUCAUGUGCCAAGCGAUCCGACAGCAAGGAGCAACUCUGCACGAAUUAUUGCCGCCCACGGAUAUGCUACAUCUCCUCAUGAUGCAUCCGCUGCGAGUACAGGUGAGUGCACAUUUUUCUUUCCGUUUUAAUUAA